AUGGGGCACGGGGGCGGUGGCGGUGGGGGGCACCACUAUCAUAGCACUAAAAUAAUUCCAAUUUAUGUGCCACAACAAUCGCACCCGGGGCGACAUGUGAUCAACGUUCACGGCGGUUACGGUGGACAAGGUGGCCACGGUGGCUAUGGAGGUUAUGGUGGCGGUCAUGGAGGAGGUUAUGGAAAGGAGAGCAGCCACUCCUCUUAUCAUGCAGAGCCUAGCUUUGCUCAUAACGUUUACGCCCCCUAUCAUUCAGGAUUCGGCAGUUAUGGGGGCGGUGGUGGUAGUCAUGGAAUGUACGGCGGACUGCCCUCUUUCGGUCAUGAAGGAUACAGUGGCGGAAUGGGCGGUGCUCCGGGAGGUUACACCAGACGCAGCAUGUACUACUGA